AUGUCCUAUGUAUCAUCCAUUGAACUACGCAAAGUCCGACCUGAAGCUGUCAACGAGAAGAGUGUAGUCGAAUCGGUUGUGGAUCUAUUGCAUGAAGUUGUCGAGAAAGUUCCACAAGCUUAUGCAAUCUCUUCGCGACCGAUAAACAGCGAGCAAUUAGAACCGAUUGAAUGGGUCCGUUUUCUUUCGAAUGCACAUGAGUGGCAUUCAUCAAUACGCAAUGAUACAUUGGUUCUCUUAAUUGCUUAUAAAAGUGGCUUGACAUUCUGGACAAUUGAAAGUAAUGGUAUAGCAAAUGAACUGUUUUCGAUUCGGGAACAUAACAUUUGCUCGGCAUGUUUGUUACAUCAAAAAUCUACUCAAGAUGAUCCUUAUGAAUCACUUCGACCAUUGAUUGCAUUUGCUAAAUCAGCCGGACCGCCUUCCAUUCAAAUUCGAUCGUUGAAAACUGAUCAGCAAAUGAUUAAAAUUCUUACUUUACCUGGUAAUACACUGCAAAAUGAACCAGUCUUGGUUGAAUCCAAUAAUUAUGUUCUUAUUUGUGCCACGCACACAUUCAUUAUUGGAUAUGAUCUGAUUAAAUUCGAUGAAAAGUUCUUUCUUGCCAAUCUUUAUUCAUCUAUACCAUUAUCAUUAGCAACACGAUGGUUAGCAUUUGUCGAUUAUCGUUUGAACUUAGUUCAUCAAUCGUCAGGUGGAAUCAAUGGAAACAUAAGUGAACAGCAUGCGUCGUAUACAGGUGUGAUGUUGAAUGCAGCCAAAUCUUUAUCGAAAAGCGUCGUGAAGAUCGGAGAGAGUGUACUUGGUUAUAGUGGACAACAAGGAACCAAUUCGAAUUUGAAUGAAAAAUCGUCACCACCCAAACAACAACUGUUAGCAGCAAUGCACAAUGGCACGAAUGGUAAUGGAACGAAUUCUUCUCAUCAUCGACAUGGCUCGGGUAAAGAAGAACCACAAGGAGGAAUUGUGACUAUUAUUGAUACAGUUAAAUUGUUUGGAUCAUCUGUUCAUGAUGAAAAACAAAAUUGGAUUAUUGCUCAUUUUCAAGCUCAUACAGAACCAAUUGGAUAUUUACAAUUCAAUCCAAGUGGUCAUUUACUUGUCACCUGUGAUACGAGUGGACAUUAUUUUAAUGUCUUAGAAAUUCAAGCAUCCCCCUAUCGAUGUACAAGAACAUACAUCAGACAUUUAUAUACUUUAUUUCGUGGUGAUACUGAUUGUCGAGUGUCACAUAUUACAUUUACAACUGAUAGUCGAUGGCUUGCUGUGUCAACAAAACGAGGAACAACACAUUUGUUUGCAAUCAAUCCAUACGGAGGUGCUGUGAACAUUCGAAGUCAUACAAAAAACCAUGUUGUGAAUAAAGCUAGUCGGUAUCAUCGUACUGCUGGUUUAGAAGACCAAUCAUCACGUCACACGAAUACCAAUGGAACUGAUAAUGUCAAUGGCCAUGGUAAUCAUUACUCACCAACAACACGUGCAAAACGAACGCAUGAUGAAGUCAUUUUUUCAACAGCUGUUGCAAUUAUUCGACAACCGACAGACAAUUUCGUCACGGGUCUUAGCGCACCAUUCAAUACCGAUUCGUUGUGUAUAGCAACAAUAUUUGGCAUUUCACGUGGUUUUCUCAAUCCAGAAGAUAUGAUCAAUCAACAAGAGCAUGUUCCACGUGCCUGUAGUUCAUUGUAUAUCAUUAGUUGGUAUGGCCGAUUGAUCGAAUACGUUCUUGAACCUGUGCCAGAUACAAGUAAACAUGGUACACGUAUUACAUCAGAAACUCCACUUGCAGUGAAAGCUUCUCCAAAAGCACAAUGGGCACUUCAAAGACUACUUACAUGGCCGGAAGUUCGAAUGUCAGUUGCUGAUUCAUUUCUAUCACAAGGACAUCGACCAACAUCAGCGAAUAAAGUGCAUUCGAAAGAUGAUUGGCUUCGACAAGUGGAAAUGAAUACACAUGUUGCUCCACAUCGUCGUCUAUGGAUGGGACCUCAAUUUCAUUUUAAGCAUUAUUCGGAAGCGACCGUUAGUGUUUGUCUUCCGAAUUCUAACGUGUGUACAGCUGAUUCACCACAAACAUCGAUGAAUAUUGUUGAAGCUGAUUUAAAAAGUUUACCAAUUCAAUGGUCGAAAUCGACACCAGUUCACGUGCCAAACUCACAAAAAGAAGUCGCUCCUGCUUUCAUUGAAGUUGGUUCUGGUAGCUUUCAAGAUGCACCAUCUUUGAGUGUUUAUGGAAGUUCAUUAGAUAGUUUAAAAUCUGAUUUUGAAGUUGAAUUGAUGGAAAAAUUAGCUGACGCUGCCGUGGAUAUCUCUUUACGAAAUGGUAUUAUCGAUCCAAUAGAUUCGUUGACAUCAUCCUCAUGUAGUAGUACGGUUACACGUACGUUACCAACUAAUAAUUCAAUGGAAAGCAUGAUUCCAUUUCCUGAUACAGGCGAUCCGACUGAUUAA